AUGGACGCCGAACUGCAAACGUAUAAAGACCAGCUCGCCUACGUCAACCUCUCCCUUGAAUCCGACGCGACCAACGAUGACCUUCUCAAGCUCAAGACGGAACUCGUCGAGCUCAUAGACCUGACUGAGCAGGCAAUGGGGCACUCUGCGGGGGGGUCCAAGGGUGGGGAUACUUCAGGCAAGGGGAAGGCGGCUUCCAAGGGAAAGGAAAAAGAGGUGACAAAUUGGCAGGACCAGGGUCAGUAUAAAGCCGGCAUGGACUGCAUGGCUAAAUACAAGGAUGGGAAAUGGUAUCCAGCACGUAUCAAUGCUGUCGUAGGCUCCCAGGAAUCUCCCCUGUACACGAUCACAUUUAAAGGAUACACAUCUUCCACCAACGUCCCUCUCUCCUCAUUGCGCCCUCACGAUCCCAACGCGCCCAUCCCGCAACCACAGAAGCGCAAAAACGAAGAGUUGACGGAAAAGGAGAAAGAAAAGAAGAAGAAGAAGGGCGAUAAAUGGAUGGAGACCCAAAAGCAACGGGCCGACGAGGUCAAGGAGAAGAAGAAUGCUUGGGAGAAGUUUGGCAAGAAGGCCACCAAGAAGGGAAUCCAUAUCAGCGGGCUGGAAGGCAAGUCAGUGUUCCGUACUCCCGAUAAUCCAUAUGGUCGAGUUGGUGUCGUCAACUCCGGCCGAGGUGUGACCAACUACGAACGUAUGGGCAAGCACAAGUUUGAUGAAGAGCGAGACGACUAA